UGCAUAGCCUUCAAAGAGACGUGCAAGGAAGCGUUUGGCGAACACCUGAACGUAGCUCUCAAGGAGACCUUAGAGUCAGGUUUCUCAAUGGGGGCGAGAGACAAGACGACCAAGGCUCUCAUUGGCAUCCGACUCACUAAAAUUACCAGUGUGGACAAUGUCUCGAAACAAACUGCAAGUGAUGAGGCGAAACUGACUGAAAAUAACUUGUACCGUGUACUGGCGAUGCUCUCUCCAGAUGAAGAUGUGUUUCGAGGCGUCUCCAGUUUCCUUUACAUGUUCGCGCUAGCUGUCCAUCGUGACUACUGUGGGCACGGUCUCGCAAGCAGGCUGGUGAAGAAAACUCUGGAGCUCGGUGAGGAGCGAGGCUACUCGGCGUCAGAGGUAAAGGUCACCAAUACCUUGUCGGAGAAGAUUUACAAUAAACAAGGUUUUGAAACAAUCAAGACCCUUGAUCUGGCGACUGUGGAAGAUGAAUUUGGCCUUGACACAUCUCUCAUACCUGGUGAAACUAUCAUGAAGUUAAUGGUCAAACGCCCACCCAGCAUCGCCAUGGGGCAAUAGAGAUUUCACCGGCUCUUUUUCAUGAAAUUUAAAUAUGCAAUGUGAUAUAACGACAUUAAUUUUUUUUCAGCUUGUCAACUUUUGCAAUGUUUUCAUAACCUGACAACACAUUAUCUCAGUGUUAUAAUGUAGGGAAUUCAAGAACCUUUGUCAAAAGACAGCUUUUAAUCAGUAAAACCAAAAUUAUA